UUUCUUCACUUUUGGCUCUACAAUCUGAUUUUAGAAAAGCCAACUUUAUCACUACUAACUUUGUUUACUGCCUUUUUGGUGUUUGUGUGAUUUUUUAAUAAAAAACCCUCCAUCUUUGCAUAUUCUUCAAAGAAAUCAAUUCAUUUUUCUUGUUUGAAGCUUUUUUGGUUUUCUUGUUCUUCCAUGAAAGAAGGUCAAACGACAAUACCUCAUUUAUUUAGAUGCCCAAUCAGCCUGGACUUGUUCACGGAUCCUGUCACCAUUUGUACGGGCCAAACCUACGACCGAUCGAGCAUACAACAAUGGUUCGCCGCCGGUAAUCUCACGUGCCCCGUCACAAUGCAAAGGCUCCACGAUCCAUCUCUUGUUCCCAAUCAUAAUCUUCGUCAUCUGAUUCAACAAUGGCGCCAAAAGGGUCACCGAUCAGACUCUGAUUACUUUACGGCAAUUAAGAACUCCCUUGCGUCUGCUUCGGCUAACUCCCGGGACAAGCUUCAAGCACUGCAAAAGAUCCGAGCCUUUACGGAUGAAAUGCCGUCUGCAAAUUCCUUUCUGAUCGAAAUGGGUUUCUUGCCUUUGCUUCUGCAACUGGUUUUCGAAAUGGUGAACCCUGAAUUCUCCCAAGAGUAUGUCGACUUGGUGGAGCAAGGGCUCGUUUGUGUUCUUAGAUUGCUUCCUUUUGGAGAAUUAGAGUGUUUGAAUAUGCUUAAAGAAGAGUCGAAUUUGGAAUAUUUUGUGGGUCUAUUUGAGCAUGGGAGUGUAAAAAUGAAGCAAAGCUUGUGUCACAUGGUAGGGUUGAUUUCAUCGGCAGCAGAAACCAGGGAGCUCUGUGCAAUGAUUGGAAAAAACCAGAGAUUGUUGAACGUGAUGGUCUGUGUUGUGAAGCAACAAAACAGUGAGAUGUCCGAGGCUGGAGUGAAAGCGAUUUCGGCAUUGUGUUGCUUGGAAUCAAACAGGGAAAACCUGGUCCAACAGGGCCUGAUCGAUGGCCUGGUGACAUACAUUUUGAACUCGGAAAGAAAAGAAAGAAGCUUGGCGGCGAUGGCGAUGGGUAUAAUAGAGCAAGGGCUGGGGGACGAGAGAGCGAAAGAGGCGCUGAUAAAGAAUCCAAACGGCGUGAAAGCGAUGGUGAAGAUGGUGUUCAGGGUGUCGGAGCAGGAAGGGAGUGAAAGCGCGGUUAACUCUUUGAUGAAAGUGUGUGAGGAAUCAUUGGAAGCCAGGGAAAAAGCAAUAGUGGGUGGAGUUUUGACGCAGUUGCUGUUGCUUCUGCAGAGCCACUGUAGUGGUAGGACCAAAACAAAGGCCACUGCGUUGCUGAAGAUGCUAUGAUCCAUGUGGACCAAGCUGGAAUUUAAACUGGAGUUGAAUUACGGUUAUUAUGAUUGCCACAAUAAUAAGUGUUAAUGCAUUUAUUGUAGAUAUCGGAGUUAUAAAAUAACGAUUCUAUGUUGUAUAUGUGUUUCUGUGGUGU